UAUCAAAUUUCCGGGCGAAACAAAGCUCAUUAUUUCUCCAUCUUCAAUUCCCAUGAGACUCUCUAACAUCCUCUCCAGAGAAUGCAUUUUUACACUUCUGCACAAUUUCAACUGAGAAGCAUUACGAUGAUGCUAGUUGAAUAAUAUGGGGAGGUCCGAAAUAAUUUUAUUUGAAAAAAGUUCCAUGGCAUAUUCGUGAAAUUGAAUUGCUUUAUAUAGAAACUGCAUAUGAUGGAUGUAGCUUUACGAACAAGAGCGAGAUAUGCUCUCUCCCGCCAUAUUCUGAAACAAGACAACAAUUGCAUUAGCAUUUCUCAUUUCAUUUCAAUAUUACUAAUAAAAAUUCAAAAUGUAUCGGUUCUGUUUCAGAACCCGACCCCUUCUUCGCAACUUUUCUUCUUCAAGAAAACCUAUCAUCAAUUCAACUUUAGAAAAUUCCCAAAUUGCCCCUCCGCCAAUCCUCGAUAACCGCCGCACGCUCUCUCCCGUUCAUUCCAAAUCUCUCUCUCGCACCUCUGUCGUCGCUCUCUCCGCUGCCGCUAUCUCCGCCGUAGUCGCCUCCGCCGCGCUCCUCUCCGAUUCCGAUCGCGGCGGAGGAGGCACGAAUCCUCUGCACGAGGGCGCGGAGCGCGCCGCGCGCAAGGCGGCGGACUCCUUCGACCGGAUUUUCCACCACGCGAAGCGCACCGGCGUCGCCGCCGCGGUCCUCUGGCAGUCGCUGCGCUCGGUGCUAUCCUCGGCGAACCACGAGGUCCGCUCCGGCUUCGAGAUUCGCGUCGCGGCGCUUCUCGCUGACAUCGCCGCCGCGAACUCCGCCCGCAGGGCCGCGAUCGUCGGGGCAGGAGGCGGCGCCGUCGUGGACUGGCUGCUGGAGUCGGUGGCGGCGGCGAAGGACGGCGGCGGCACCCAGGCGGAGUACGCGAGGGCGCUGGCGUAUCUGAUUGCGGACCCUAACGUGUCUGCGGCGGUUCUUGGGAGACCUCACGCGGUUCCGAGUCUUCUGAGGUUCAUCUUCUCGUGCCAGCCUCGGCGUUCUAAGAAUACGAAGCAGCAUUCAAGACGUGGUGCAUUUGAUAUUUCGGAUUCUUUGAAAGGCAGGAGCAUGCUUGUUGCUGCCAUUAUGGAUAUCGUUACGUCCAGCUGUGAAAAUGCAGAAGAGGUAUCUUUUAAGCCAUCAUUGCCUGAAAAUGCUGAAACCAGAGACAUUGCUGCAGCCCUAGAAGUUAUUGAGGAAGGAGGUUUGCACUUGGAUGAGCCACCUGAAGGUGAAGAUGAUGGUGGUGGGUCGGGAAGGAAAGGGAUUGGAAUCAAGAUACUUGAUGGUAAACCUGUUUUAGGGCUUUCAAGGACCAGCAAUGAUGCCUGUCACGAAGAACUAAAGCACCAAUCUCCUAAAACUCUCAUAUAUCAAAAUAAGUAUGACAAUUCGCUGGAACAAAAGAAUGUGUCUGCUGCUGUUGUUCCUGGUCUCUGGGAUGAUUUGCACUGUGAACAUGUUGCUGUUCCUUUUGCCACCUGGGCAUUGGCAAAUUGGGCAACGGCAUCACAGUUGAAUAGAUCUCAUAUUCAGGAACUGGAUCGAGAUGGAAAUGCUAUCAUGUCUGCUUUAAUAGCACCUGAGAGGUCUGUAAAAUGGCAUGCAAGUUUGGUGGUGCGGUUGCUAUUAGAAGAUCGCAAUACACCUUUGAAUGAAUCUGUUUCUGAUUGGGCUUCCAGUCUUCUUUCUACUAUAUCUCAAGCAUGCAAGCAUGAAGAUAUUUCUUUGGCUCAGGUAGCCUUGUCUGCCUUUCUCUUAUCUGUUGAAAGGAGCCCUGGAGUCCAGAAGGUAGUGAUGGAGAAGGGUCUCAAUCCAAUGAGAGACAUCGCCAAGCAGAUGACAAAGCAUAAGCAGGUGCAAGAACCAAUGGCAAAGGCAUUGGAGCUACUUUGUACUGGGGAGCUGCAUUUGUCACUUGAAGAGAGUCAAAAAUGGUCAGGCAUUCUUCUUCCUUGGGUUUUUGGAACAUUUUCCUCCGAUACUAUACGAUCUUCAGCCAUAAAGAUUCUUUCUCAGAUCUUGGAAGACUAUGGACCAACAUGUGUACCACUUUCUCAAGGAUGGUUAGCCAUGAUGCUGUCUGAAGUACAAAGUUCUAUAAAGAAAUCAAAUGAUAAAGGAACCAGUCAACCUAAGAGUGAUAAUGUAAAGACAUUGAUCAAUAAUGCAAAUAUUGCUUCUGCUGCACAAGUUGCCAAUCAACUCUCUAGUGCCGUUGUUAAUCUGGCAGCUAAACAAUUGAGAAAUGCAUCUAAUUCUGGGGAUGCAUCCCCACUGGCAGAUUUUCUGUCUAUGGAACCUUUAGCAGGACCAUUUAAAAGUUUAAAAAGAGAUAAUCUUCCUAAAUUGGAUGCUGCAGAUUCUGCCUUGGCAACCCUGAAAGGAAUUAAAGCUUUGACUGAAGUUUGUGCUGAAGAUUCUGUGUGUCAGGACAUGAUAGUUGACUUUGGGAUUUUAUGUUUGCUGAGGCGCUUUUUGCUGAGUGAUGAUUAUGAGAAACUGGCUGCUAUUGAGGCUUAUGAUGCAUCAUCUAGAGCACAUGAGGGGAAGGAACGGAUAUCAAAUGUAGAUGGGGAACCGGCUACACCAAAUGUAAAUGAUCCAGCCAGUGUCCGAGUUCCUCCUACUGCUCAUAUCCGCAAGCAUGCAGCUCGGUUGUUGACCAUCCUCUCACUGCUUCCCAGAGUCAAGAAGGUAAUCACAGCUGAUGAAACUUGGUGCAAAUGGCUUGAUGAUUGUGCUAAUGGGCGGAUUCCAGGUUGCAGUGACCUUAAAAUGCAAAGCUAUGCCAGGGCAGCACUUUUAAAUAUGUUUUGCAAUGACCAGCCUAAUCGAAAAUCUGAAAGUGGAAGUGGAGGCCCUUCUGAUGGUGGUGUACCAAAUUAUAGGAACUCUUGUCCUCGUUAUGAUGACAUGAUAUUCUUGAUAAAUUCUCAUCUUCCCCACUGGAAAUGUCCCAAAGAAACAGAUCAACAAGAAGCUUUCUCAGAGGAGAUAUCUCUGUUUACUUCUACUGAAAUGGGGGAUGGAACAGAAUCUGUGAAUGACAGCAACGGUUCUAUUUCUAAUGAUUCAACUAAAAGCAGCCCAGAUGCAGAUUGUCCUCCACUAGACAUAGUUUUUGUCCAUGGACUACGAGGUGGGCCUUACAAAACUUGGCGUAUAGCUGAGGAGAAAUCCUCAACUUUAUCACCUUUGGUGGAGAAGAUUGAUGAGGAAGCAGGAAAGCUUGGAACCUUUUGGCCUGGUGAAUGGCUUUCCGGUGAUUUUCCUGAGGCUCGGAUGUUUACCCUAAAAUACAAGACUAAUCUCACACAAUGGUCUGGAGCUAGCUUGCCUCUUCAGGAAGUUAGCUCUAUGCUGUUGGAGAAGCUUCUUGCUGCAGGAAUUGGGAAUCGACCUGUUGUUUUUGUUACUCACAGUAUGGGUGGCCUGGUUGUGAAGCAGAUUCUUCAUAAAGCAAAGGAAGAAAGAUUUGAUAAUCUCGUGAAAAAUACAAUAGGAAUUAUUUUUUAUAGCUGCCCACAUUUUGGUAGCAAACUUGCAGAUAUGCCUUGGCGAAUGGGCUUUGUUCUUCGUCCUGCUCCAACAAUAGGAGAGCUAAGAAGUGGAUCUUCAAGACUGAUAGAGCUUAAUGACUAUAUUCGUCACCUUCAUAAGAAAGGGUUGCUUGAUGUCCUCAGCUUUUGUGAGGUAUUGGAGUCAACAGAUCAUAUAAAUUCUUGUAAACCAGUGAGCCGUUUAGACCCUUCUUAUACGGAGACAUUAAAGUUCUUGCAGAAAUUAAAAGCAUGUCAUGCCUGAAUUUGUUUCAGCGGAAAAUAUGUAAAUACCUCUAGAAGAGUUAGAUAGGUGUUCCGGAGUGGAAUUUAUAUUUCAAAAGCAUGGGAAGUCUAUAGAUCUUGUGGGUUCGUUCAACUUGAUAUAGCAACUAAAACCUUAUCUUGCUAGGUGAAAUCGACUACAUGCAUAGAAGUUUUAACAUACUUAAUGAAACUUAAAGGUGGACUAACAUGUGCAAGCCUUCUAUUAGAUUUUGGCUUUCAUAAGCUGGACAUUUUUCCAUUCAUCAAUCAUUCAUUUGGGUCAGGUGGCCCUUAGGGAUUGUAAUCAGUGUCCCUUGUACAUAAAUAGGAAACACAAAUAUAAGCCAUGUAUAUAUAUAUUCUUCAUUUUAAAUAUAUCUUGUUCUCAUCUGCGGUCCUCAGUAAAGAUGUUUGAUAUGAUGUCUUGUUUCAAAAUAACUGUAAAAUUUCAAACAUUUUGUUUUGGGCACAUCACUAUAAUAAUGAUGGGUAAAUUUAAAUGUUCAAUGUGAGUUAAAUAUAUGUUGGAAUAUGUAGUGUGACAUCAUCAUUCAAAUACCAACAUGUUUAAUCAUAGUUAUUAUAACCCGGGAAAAGAGAGACAAUUGAUGUAUCUCUAUUUAAAUAAAUAAAAAAGUGAGGUUAAAUAAAAAUAAGGGUGACAGGAAAAAAAAAUGACAACAUAAGAAUAGUAGAGUAAUUACCGUAAUUUAAAAGAGAAUAAUAAAAGGUUAAAGAGUAGCUAAAGAAUAAAAUUAUCUAAUAAAGUAUAUAUACACUAUUUCUUCUAUUAGUAGAAUAGAUGAUUUAAUAAAAAUACACUAAGAUUUUUAUAGUAUGUUUUAUCAAGUUAUAAAUACGGAACAGAGAAGAGCACUCUGGGAAGAAGGAAGUGGUUAGCAGCGAAACCCAUCCAAGAAAUAUGAGUAUGGUUCCCAGUCCCAAACAAAAACAA